CGACCAAUUAAAAAAUAAUAAUAUUGUUGAUUGAAAUGUAUUGUUUUAAAGCCUGAAAGCCUAGAUUUGUGUUAAUUUUUUUUUUACUAAUGUCUAUGAAAAAGAAAACUCUUCUCAAAGUUAUUAUAUUAGGAGAUAGUGGAGUUGGUAAAACUUCAUUGAUGAAUCAGUAUGUUAAUAAAAAGUUUAGUAACCAAUAUAAAGCUACCAUUGGAGCAGAUUUUCUUACAAAAGAAUUAGUUAUUGACGAUAAGGCCGUAACAAUGCAGAUCUGGGAUACAGCUGGCCAGGAACGCUUUCAAAGUUUGGGUGUUGCAUUUUACCGUGGGGCAGAUUGUUGUGUGCUCGUUUUUGAUACUACCGCACCUAAUACUUUCAAGUCGCUAGAAAGCUGGAGGGAUGAGUUUCUCAUACAGGCCAGUCCCCAAGACGCCCACAAUUUCCCUUUCGUUGUGGUAGGAAACAAGAUAGACCUAGAUAGCCGGGCAAUAGCCACCAAACGGGCCCAAACCUGGUGUGCCUCCAAAAACUCAAUUCCUUAUUUCGAAACAAGUGCGAAAGAAAGCACCAAUGUCGAUUCAGCGUUUUUAACAGUCGCUCAAGCUGCGCUUGACCGCGAAAUUCGGUCUACUGCCGAUGUUUUUGAUUACGGUUUGUCAAGGGUCACAAAUCCAUCCAAUCCGCAUACUUCCGAUGACGUUAUCAAACUUAGAAACGAGACUGGUGGGAAUAUGGCAGGAAAUUCUACGAGUAGCAUCACCAAAAAAAUUGGUGGUUUAUGCAAUUCUUGUUAAUUGAAAUCCAUCUAUAAAACUGAGUUUAUGGGUGAAUUUUUUCUUAAAAAAUUUAUACGCUUAGAUACUGAAUGGGAAAAGAAAAUAAAUGAUUGUUUUAAUUUUUAGAUGGUAACACUUAUAUUGGGGUUUUUAAUGUUUUAUUUUUCUUAUUCAGGCAUUUUCUAAGUCUUUCUAAAUACUGUUUCUAUCAUAUUCUCUAUGCUCUCUUCUAUAUUUUUUAAAAAACACUAUAAUUUAAUUCAUUUCUUAUAAUUUAUAACACAUAACUAUUGAAUGUCAAUUUUAAUAGAUUUGUGAGGAUAGGUUAUUUUUCUUACCAUAUUUUUUUAUGAGCUCAAACACUUUAUCUCCCAACUUUUAAAACGUACACUUUAUGACAUCUAAAUUCUGACGCUUUUAUUGAAUCACUAGAUUCGGAAGAAUGGCAACCAUUAUAAUACUGUUUUUUUAAAACAAUCAUUUGCAUGAUAAGAGUUUUUUAAAAAUAAGUUAUAAGAGACAAAAUGCAUAUUUUAUUAUAAAUACUUUUUUUCGAUUCAAUACAAUAACGCAUCUUCCUUAAUGUAGCACUAAAUAUAUUUUAUUUAUCAUUGAAUAGAAUCAUUUAUCAUUGUUAUAAUUAUAUAUUUUUUAGAAUACUUACUAACUUAACACUAUAUUC